AGGGCGGAGAGUCCGGAUCGCGGAGAGUCUCAGCGAGGACUGAGCCGUGCAGCCAGACCGCGGACAGACAUGGAGGGCUCCACAGAGGAAGAAUACAAAGAAAAAUUAUUAUGGAAUGUGAAGCGGGAGGUGAAGCAGAUUAUGGAGGAAGCUGUGACUAAGAAAUUUGUCCAUGAAGACAGCAGCCACAUCAUCGCUCUGUGCACUGCCAUAGAGGCUUGUCUGGGUCACCUGCUGAAGAGAAGGGCAGCAGGUUUUCUUCGCAGCGACAAGAUCGCCGCCCUCUUCACCAAGAUCGGUAAAGUCAACGACACUGCAAGCGAGAUUUGCCGCAAAGUGCAGGAGCAACUCCAGCAGCAGGCUGAAAUUAACAGGAGAGCCCAGAGCGUGGGUCAUGAACCUCUGAGGAGGCAGGGCUCCACGACCUCCAGCCGGGCCCCCCAGCCCCUCUCCGCCCAGGCCAUCAAACACAUCUGGGUGCGAACUGCCCUCUUCGAGAAAGUUCUGGACAAAAUCGUGCAGUACAUCGUGGACAACUCCAGUAAAUACUAUGAAAGAGAAGCUCUGAUGCAUGACCCAGUGUUUGGGCCCAUCUUAGCAGCCCUACUGGUGGGGCCCUGCGCGCUGGAGUACACCAAGCUGAAGACAUCAGAUCAUUUCUGGACCGACCCCUCGGCUAACGAGCUGGUUCAACGCCACCGUAUCCACGGGGCCCACCGGGGCCAGGACGCCUCACCUGGCCGCAGGCCCGCUCUGGGGAUUCGCAAGAGGCAGUCGAGUGGCAGCAUGUCAGAGGACAGGUUUGCGGCAUCGGCGAGGGAGUAUGUGGAGUCGCUUCACCAAAACUCCCGCACACACCUUCUCUACGGCAAAAACAACGUCCUGGUGCAGCCGAAGAAAGACAUGGAGGUGUUGCGGGGGUACCUGUCACUCCACCAGGCCGGGGAAAACCUCACUCUGAAGUGGACUCCAAACCAGCUCAUCAACGGCACUCUUGGAGACUGCGAUCUGGAGAAGAGUAUCUACUGGGACUAUGCAUUGACUGUGCCUUUGCGCCAGAUAGUCUGCAUCCACUGUCACCAACGAUCGGACUGUGGUGGUACACUGGUUCUGGUCAGUCAGGAUGGGAUCCAGCGGCCGCCCCUCCAUUUCCCGCCUGGUGGUCAUCUCCUGGCCUUCUUGUCCUGUCUAGAGACUGGCCUCCUUCCACGGGGGCAACUUGAACCUCCCCUCUGGUCCCAGAAAGGCAAGGGAAAGGUGUUCCCAAAACUGAGGAAGAGGAACAGUACUGCCAGGCUGGUGGACCAGGACAGGAAUGGGGAGGAACAGACGGCUGCUGACUAUGUGUUUCGUAUCGUCUACCCUGGACACCGACAAGAUGCCACAGUCACUAUAAACUACCACCACACCACGGGCAGCCGCGCACCUUCGCUGGACGAUGACGAGGAAGAGGAAGAUAGGCUCCACGCUAUGAUCUCAAUGAUCUGCUCGCGGAACCUCACAGACCCUAAUGUCAUGAAAGACCAUGGGGAGAUGAUGGAGAUGCAGGGUUUCGGAGGCAGCCCGUCGUCGUGGCAACAGGCUGAAUUAACAAGUCACGUGCCGUCAUGCUUGUCCUGCUCCACCACCGGCGGUAGCAACGUGUCAUUCGACUACCCGGGCGGCUGUACCUGUGCACACGAUCCGUCAGACAUUCACACUAUUCCUCUGAAGAUGCUUUGCCAGAACAUGAAGAGGCAGAUCGUCUCUAGAGCCUUUUAUGGAUGGCUGGCUUACUGUCGACACUUGUCCACUGUCCGGACUCACCUGUCAGCUCUGGUCAACCACAACAUCGUUCCUCCGGACAAACCCUGUGAAGCGUCCGGGGGCCUCAGCAAAGAGGUGUGGAGCAAAUACCAGAAAGACUGCAAGAACUAUAAGGAGCUGGAGCUGCUGAGGCUGGUUUACUAUGGUGGAGUGCAGCACGACAUCAGAAAGGAGGUCUGGCCUUUCCUGCUGGGACACUACAAGUUUGGCAUGGGAAAGAAGGACAUGAGCCAGAUCGAUGAGAAGAUCAGCGAGCGCUACCAGCAGGUGAUGAGGGAGUGGAAGGCUUGCGAGGUGAUCGUCAAGCAGAGGGAGAAGGAGAUGCAGUCGGCCAUCUUUGCAAAGCUCUCCUCAGGCAGCAGCAUUGACAGCCAUGUCCUGCGCCUCAUUCACAGAGACUCCACACUCAGCAACGAGGUGUUCAUGUCAGUGGACGAGCCCGACCCCGGGAGCCAGGAGACGCCCAGCGGAGAGGACAACACCCCCACCAUGACCACCCUGGUCCCUGCUGCCGUCCUCGCCCCAGAGGAGCGCCCCCUGGUGGAGUUCGACUCCCCCGAUUCGGGCCUCCCCUCUUCCAGAAACUACUCGGUGGCUUCCGGUCAUUCCCAGAUCCUGUCCAGCAUAGACGAUGGGCAGAGCACGGAGGAGGAGGGAGGGGUCGGGGAGGAGGGCAGGACUCAGGGAGUGUUGGGGGAGCGUCAGGACUCUCUGACUGAGGACAGGCUGUGCAGUCAGCUGGACAAACUGGUGACCAGUGGAGGAGCAGCGGAGGGGAUACCACCGUCUUUGUCCUCUUACACUAUCGAGCUGUUGGACACAGUCGCCCUCAACCUGCACAGGAUAGACAAAGACGUCCAACGCUGCGACCGCAACUACUACUACUUCACCCCGGCCAACCUGGAGAAACUACGCAACAUCAUGUGCAGCUAUGUGUGGGAACACUUAGAGAUGGGCUACGUCCAAGGCAUGUGUGACCUGCUCGCUCCUCUCAUGGUCAUCCUGGACGACGAGUGCCUGGCAUACAGCUGUUUCACUCAGCUAAUGAAGAGGAUGAGUCAGAACUUCCCUAAUGGUGGAGCCAUGGACACACACUUUGCCAACAUGAGGUCCCUGAUCCAGAUCCUGGACUCGGAGCUCUUUGAGCUGAUGCACCAGAAUGGAGAUUACACCCACUUCUACUUCUGUUACCGCUGGUUCUUGCUGGACUUCAAGAGAGAGCUCCUUUAUGAGGAUGUGUUUACAGUGUGGGAGGUGAUCUGGGUGGCACCGAGGAUUUCGUCGCAGCACUUCGUCCUGUUCCUCGCCUUGGCCCUGGUCACUGUUUACCGCGAGAUCAUCAGAGAUAAUAAUAUGGAUUUCACCGAUAUUAUCAAGUUCUUCAAUGAGAUGGCCGAGCGUCACGACGUCCAGCACAUCCUGAGGAUAGCGCGUGAGCUGGUGCACAAGGUCCAGUCUCUGAUGGACAACAAGUGACUGUAGAAGAAGACGAGGGGGAGGAGGAGGAAUGGAGGGAGAGAGAGAAAGUGAGAGAAAACUCCUCCUCCUUUCCAGCCCUACCUGGACUCCCAGCCCUUCCUCUCAUCCCUCAUAAUCUCUCCAUUCUUAAUCCCAGUAGAGGAAAGACAGAGAGAGAGAGGAAGAGAGAGUUUCCAGCCCUCCACCUAGCCAGAGCAGGGGGUCCCGUCCUCCUCCCUUCCCAGACAAGGGCUAGGAGAGCGGGGUAGGAGCGAGGCUGGGGCGGCCCGGGUCUGCAGCUCAGCCUUGAUCUGUUUACAUUUUCCUUAAACAUGGAAUGCCUAUGGUGUCCGUUCAGACAUGUGGAUUUGUCUGCAUGCUUGUGAGUUUGAUCACACUGUGAACGCAUUCUUGAGUCUCCCCAGUCCUACAGCGCUUGUGUGCGUGCAUGAACACAUCGUAUACACACACCCACACACACACACACACAGAAACACACACAGAAACACACACAAACUCAAAAAAACACCGGCUCCAUCAAUAGUAUCGUUUUCUAGAGUCUCAGCCCGUUUCCUUUACCCUGAAAGUAUUGGAUGCCUGUCACUGGAGAAAUACUGUAGGAAGGCUUUAGCGCUCUCAGUGUUUGAAAGAUACCUGUGCCUCCAUGCAAUGUCAGUGGAGGCCACUAGAGUGCACUACUCACACACUACAUUGUCAGAGGAGCAGAAGACUUAGCCACGAAGUUUUCAUUUGUGACCAAAUGGACUGUGCCAACUACCUUUUCAUAAGUGUUUUCUACAACAAGCAUGUGUGUUUUUCCCCAGAGCCCCCCUUUGGAGUUAUUUUUCCUUCUUCUAUUUUUUUUUUUUUUUUUUUUUUUUUAACAAUUCAUUAUCACACAAAUGUUGCCUUUACUAGUAACAACCCGAUGUACUUUGUUGCACUUUUUGUGAGGGUUUUCUUGACGGUGCCAGUGAAAGCCUUGCCAGCCUCCGUGGUGGGUGGAGGUGCCACAAGAAACCAAACUGCUGAGAGAGUCAGGAUUAAUUGCAGCCAACUUUUCCAACCACGAUGACAAUUUAUCGUCCAGUUAAUAUAGUGUUUUCUGCCAGUUGGUGGUCAAGCUUGUUUAAUCCCCAUUCUAAAUA